CCACCUUGAAUAAACAAGAGACCUAGUCAAUAUACUGUCUUUAGUGAUCUCAGAAUACAGACAUCUCUAAAAAUGGUUCCAGAUAUUAAGAUGUUUUUCUGCAUUGGCCUUGUUCAUGCACUAACAGGAAUAGGGUCUGCCCUAUCCGGUAAAAGCCACAGUGAAGGGAAGAAUGACCCUGUUCUGCAGUAUUUGGUGAACAACUCACUGAGAGAGCAUCCCGUCCUGACCAAACUCAGACUGAAAACCCUUGAAGACCCAGAUAGUGAUAUGCUUGUUGCUAGUGAGCAAGCACAACUGAUGGCAAAUCUGGCCAAACUGAUCAAUGCCAACAAAACCCUUGAAAUUGGGAUGUACACGGGGUAUAACACCCUGAACAUGGCCUUGGUUGUUCCUCAGCGCGGUCAUGUGGUAGCAUGUGAAAUUGACAGCAAAUAUGUGGCCAUCGCCGAACCUUUCUUUGAGGAGGCAAACGUCAAGGAUAAAAUAAAUGUCCGUCUUCAAGCUUGUCUAAAAACCCUGGAUGAGCUCAUAGCUGCUGGGGAAUCAGCCACCUACGACUUUGUGUUCAUUGAUGCAGAUAAAAGGAGCUAUGACCAAUAUUAUGAAAAGUCUCUUGAGCUUGUGAGACAAGGGGGAAUCAUUGCCAUCGAUAAUGUUCUGUGGAGUGGUAAAGUGGUGGACCCUUCUCCGGAUGACCUGACAUCCCAGGCUCUGGACAAGCUCAACAAGAAACUCCACACGGACCAGAGAAUUGAUCUGAGCAUGCUUACUGUUGGGGAUGGACUUACCUUGGCCAUCAAACGCUAACUCAUGCUGACCCAUGCUGACUCAUGUUGACCCAUGCUGAUUGUAGCUCAAACCAAUUGUAAUUUGUUGCGGAUGCCCCUAAACAUGAACACCGGGUCUAAAUAAACCAUUUUCAGUAGGUACAAUA